AUGCCAUCGUUUAAUGGGAACAAGUUGUAUUGGACAGAAUUUUGGGACUCGUUUGAAAGUGCCAUCCAUAACAAUAAGAAACUCUCAAAUGUUGACAAAUUCAAUUACUUGAAGAGCAAACUCACUGGUGAAGCUAGGAGUUCUAUAGCUGGAAAUUCCCUCACGAACGAAAAUUAUGUUGUAGCCAUACAUGUUCUUCAAGAACGAUUUGGUGACCGCCAAGAAGCCAUCGACCUUCAUUAUAAGAAAAUAAUGGAUCUUUCUCCACCCCGCAAUACCAAAGAAAACCUACGCUAUUUCAUUGACAGUAUUGAGAGACAUUUGAGAAGUUAA